AAUAAAUUGGAAGGGCUUCUAGAAAUAAAUGAUGAAGAAUGACUCAACAAAAUGAAAUUGUAAAGAAGAAGAGAGAGCGGACAUUUUUGAAAUCUUUUCUUAAUUCCUAAGCAAACAAAAACAGUUGCUUUAGUUGUUGAGGUGCUUUUAACUAACAGCAGUCGCCGCCGUGUCCUCCGACUGCACAUCCGAUACUCCGGGAGACCUCAAUUUCUUCUCAGUGGGCUGAUAAUAAAAUUCUCAAAAAAAUGAUGGAAGGGAAAGAAGUUGAGAGUGAUGAGAGUCAUAAGGUUAGAGAAGACAGUGAAUAUGUGAGUCUGGUGAUGCCUAGUGAACAGCCUACAGUACAAACCAGUUCAACCAAAUGGUGGAUCAAAGCUUUUGCCUUUUCCAUUCUCAUUCUCCUACUGCUUUUCAUCUUCGUCAAAUGGGGACUGCCUUUCCUUUUCGAGAAGGUUCUUUUGCCGGUGCUCCAAUGGGAAGCGACUGCCUUUGGCCGACCGAUGCUUGCCCUUGUGCUUGUCGCGUCUCUUGCGUUCUUCCCUGUCUUCUUAAUUCCAUCAGGACCUUCCAUGUGGUUGGCCGGCAUGAUUUUUGGAUACGGCCUUGGAUUUGUUAUCAUCAUGGUUGGAACAACCUUUGGAAUGAUCCUACCCUAUUUGAUUGGAUUACUGUUCCGGGAUCACAUCCAUCAAUGGUUGAAAAGAUGGCCCCAGAAAGUUGCUAUGAUCAGACUAGCUGCGGAAGGGAGUUGGUUCCAUCAGUUUCGAGUUGUUGCCCUCUUUAGGGUUUCACCGUUUCCAUACACCAUUUUCAAUUAUGCAAUAGUGGUAACAAGCAUGAGAUUUUGGCCCUAUUUAUGUGGUUCAGUUGCUGGAAUGGUACCUGAAGCUUUUAUCUAUAUCUAUAGUGGGAGAUUAAUAAGGACAUUUGCUGAUGUCAAAUACGGGAACCAUCACUUGACUAGUGUGGAAAUCAUAUACAAUGUCAUUUCCUUUAUUAUCGCUGUUGUUACCACGGUUGCUUUCACUAUUUACGCAAAAAGAGCUUUAAAGGAGCUUGAACAGGGAGAAGCUACCGAACAAGCAAGUUACGAGAUGGGAAAACUUCCACUACAAAGACCCGAUCAGGUAGGUUUCUCAUCUUUUUCAUUGUAAUGUGAACAUUAGAAGUCGAUUAAUUUUACAUGUAAAUAGUACAUAGUAUAUUAGAGGUUAUCAUUUGUAGCUGCCUUUUUGCCCUUUUACUUUCAUUCUAGGGCUAUUUCAUCAAUGAUUGAUUUGUUAUCCGACUGAAACCCUUAAUUUAGAACAAGGGACAGUUUUAAGUUCUCUGCUUUGUUAUCAUUGUGAAGAUGAAUCGGUAAUUGAAAUGAUUGUUGAGAUAAUUUUGUGAA